UGGUCCCAGAUUAGAAGCAUGAAGCGGCUUGGGAUCCUCGGGCUGGUGGCCCUCUCAGAGUGCCUAGUCAUUAUCCCUCUAACAAAGAUCAAGACUAUGCGAGAAACUCUCAGGGAUGAAAACCUCCUGACACAUUUUCUGAAGGAGAACACGGACAACAAGUCCCAGAAUGCCACUGAUGACCCGAAUAUUUCUCUUCAACCCCUGAGGAACUACAAGGAUAUAUACUAUGUUGGCAACAUCACCAUUGGAACACCCCCUCAGGAGUUCAAGGUCAUCUUUGACACUGGCUCAUCUUGCAUGUGGGUUCCUUCCAUCCACUGCUCCAGUCCCUCCUGCCGUUCACACAAUCUCUUCAACCCUCAGUUGUCCAGCACCCUCCGGCUCACAGGCCAGUCCAUCAAUUUCAAAUACAGCACUGGGAGGAUGGCUGGAGUUGUUGCCUAUGACACUCUUCGGAUCAUGAACCUUGUUGACCUGGGCCAGCCAUUUGUCCUGACUGAGACACAGAGUGGGUUUGAUCAUGCACCCUUUGAUGGUGUCCUGGGCUUGGGCUAUCCCAGCCUUGGUCCCAAAAGGAUCACCCCUGUUUUAGAGAACCUGAUGAAACAAGGCCUCAUUUCUCAGCCUGUCUUUGCCUUCUACUUCAGCACCAGGAAUAAGAAUGGCAGUGUGGUGAUGUUUGGUGGGGUGGACCACAGCUACCACAAAGGACAGCUCAAAUGGAUACCAGUGUCCCAAAUCCGCUUGUGGUACAUAACCAUGAACCGCAUCACCAUGAAAGAGGUGACCGUUGGUUGUUACCAUGGAUGCAAGGCCAUUCUGAAGACCGGAACUACGUUGCUGGCUGGCCCAACUAGACUGGUCACCAACAUCCAGAAGCUCAUCAACGCCGUACCUUACGGUGAAGAGUAUCAGGUUCCAUGUAGCAACAUCCAGAGCCUGCCUACUAUCAUCUUCACCAUCGGUGGCAAUGACUACCCAGUGCCCUCUGAAGCCUACAUCUGGAAGGUGAGGGGCCACUGUAUCAGCAUGUUUCGAGGGGGCGCAGAGGACUUGAGUGAGUUGGAGACCUGGAUCCUGGGUGACAUCUUCCUGAGGCUGUAUUUCUUAGUUUAUGAUCACAAGAACAACAGGAUUGGCCUGGCUCCUGCAGUGUAA